AUGGAUGAGCUUGAGCGCGGCGAGAAGGCCGCCUCUUUCCAGUCCUAUAGCUAUGGCCUCAGUGACGCUGAGGACAUCACCCUGACCAACUGGCACGCCACCAUCAUCGGCCCGAACGGCACCACCUUCGACAACCGCAUCUACUCGCUGUCGAUUGUCUGCGGCCCGGAGUAUCCGAACAGCGCCCCGGUGGUUUCCUUCUCCACCAUGAUCAAUGCUUCCUUCGUUGGGCCUCGCGGCGAGGUUGAUCUGUCCAAGCUGCCUGCCCUGGGCAAGUGGGCCCCCGAGCACACCAUCGAGUCUGUGCUGAAGGCCAUCAUCGAGGAGAUGAAGAGCCGCAGCAACCGCUCGAACAAGCAGCCCGCCGAGUCGGCCGUCUAUUAG